AUGUGUGGCCGUUACUAUAGCAACUCCUGUGGCUACGGCUGUGGCUAUGGCUGUGGCUACGGCUGUGGCUAUGGCUGUGGCUAUGGAUCUGGCUAUGGCUGUGGCUGUGGAUCUGGCUACGGCUGUGGAUAUGGCUGUGGCUAUGGAUCUGGCUACGGCUGUGGAUAUGGAUCAAAAUAUGGCUGUGGAUACGGAUCUGGCUACGGCUGUGGCUAUGGCUCUGGCUACGGCUGUGGCUACGGCUCUGGCUAUGGAUCCAGAUAUGGCUGUGGAUACGGAUCUGGCUACGGCUGUGGCUAUGGCUGUGGCUAUGGAUCUGGCUAUGGCUCUGGAUACGGCUGUGGCUACGGCUCUGGCUAUGGCAGUGGCUGCUGCACCUUCCGACCAUCCUGCUACCGACGAUGCUAUUCCUCUUGCUGCUAGAACAUCCUCCUAGAACACCCUGCGCCUCCAACAUAAUAUUGAAAAUUAAUGCCUUUCCCUGAAUGAUGCCCCAUUCUUCAUCUCUACACUCCAGUAAGGAUUGGACACCUCCUGUUAUUACAUAAAAGUCUUGUUGUUAUUGAGGAAGUUUGAAUGCAUCCAUUAUGCACCCCGAAGACAGAAGAUUUGAUUCUGAUUAUGUUCAAAAUGUCAAUUUUUGGCUUUUCUAUUCUCUAGUGUCUAUUCACUGUAUUAUCCACGGGAAUAAGUACACUGUAGUUUGAAAAAAUUACAGUUUUCAAUAAACGAAUGGCAUUUGUUCC